AUGGCUUGGCAGUACGAGGCUGAGGCUGAGGCUGAGGCUGAGGCUGAGGCCGAGGCCGAGGCCGAUUACCAUUUCUUACUCUACACACUCGACAUUUCCACGUUGAUGCUUCUCCUGGAUUCUACUUAUAUCUUACUUCUGACCGACACCUCGAAUACUUGCAUAGUAAGGUACCAGUUGCGAGAGGAGAACAAGGCACAGAUCAGACGGACCCAAAGUAUUUACCCCACGUUCAUUCUACUGCAACUACAAACAAACAUGGCCAAGCGCUCACGAGAAGACUUUGAGCCGUCCUCCUCUCCCGAGCUGGAGUCCGAGUCUGUAGGAGAAACUCCAGCUACUGCUCGAUUAGUCGUUCAUCCUAGCACGAUCCAGAUCCCUUGCUCGACUUCAAAAUUCGUCCACCUCGACCUUGAAAUUAGCGGUGAAGCUCCUAUAGAAAUGCGAUGUUCUCUCCCACCACAUCGCGGAGUUUUGACUUUUGCUUCUUAUGAUGAAUACGAUGUUCAUUAUGCUCAAACGCAUACCAAUCGAUGCCUCGAGUGCAGGAAGAAUUUCCCUACAGAGCACUUUCUGACUCUCCACAUCGAGGAAAACCACGAUGCCAUGACCAGUUUGUUGAGAGAGCGAGGCGAGAAGACUUACUCUUGCUUUGUUGAAGACUGCGACCGCAAAUGCUCAACUCCACAGAAGAGACGCAUGCAUCUGGUGGACAAGCACAUGUUUCCCAAAGACUAUGACUUCUACGUAGUGAACGAUGGGAUCGAUCGUAGGAGUUCCAUGCUGCGGUCGGGGAAGAACCGCAGACGAAGCUCAACAGCCCAACACCUCAUGGAAAUCGAAGAAAGAAACAGACGCCGAAGCCCUACUCUGCGAAGCACCGAGGAGACCGACGGAAGUGGGCCCGAGAGAAAAGAGACAUCCGAGAUGCCUCUCAGUCCUCCCAGUUCCAAGGAGAACACAGAUAUGGAUUGCUUGUCGGGUGCCAUGUCCGCUCUGAAGUUUGUGCCUCCGAGUGUCAGAUUCGGCCGUGGUCGAGGACGAGGGCGAGGUGGAUUCAGUAGGAGUUGA